AUGUCAUCGAGUGAUCUACUAAGUAGUACACUCAAGUGGCCAGGCAAAGGUCUUUAUGGUCUCAAAAGUAGUGUUCUUCAAACAACUGAAAACAAUCUUGUCAAACAAACGAUUGUUUCAGAUCAUAUGAGAAAUCAUUAUCGACUAUUGGGCAGUGCAAAACCUGGAAUCGAUGCUAAACCCCCAAAAGCCAUGGUAUUAGGUCAAAAAUGUCGUGACCGAGCUCGAAAAGAAAUGGCACAAUUGACGUAUACACAAAAUGUUCUAAAUCAAUUCGCAGCCGAAACAAAUCGAGACACGCCACGUUCUCGAGCAAGCCAUAGUGCACGUUCACGUCGUAUUGUUCAAUCACAACCAACAACAUAUCGAGCACGUUCACGAAGUAUUCAAUCGGGACCUAUGAUGACUCGGUCUUUAAAUAUGAAUGGGUCAACGCAAAGUCUUAAUCAAGCUACUUUUUCAAAUAAUGACAUGGCAAAUAAACUUUUUGGAGAUGGUGUCCUAAAUCAGGCGUUGACUGCCAUGUCUGCUCUAGGCAAAAUGACAUCAACAACACGAAAUAAAAGUAGUGCUGAUGUUCUUGAUAAACAUCCUGAUUCGUUUUCUCAACCGCAUCCAACAGCACACAAGCCACGUUUAGUUAAACGUGAUGGUACAUCAUCUUUAAUAAACAAUCGCUCAUAUUAUAAUCCACCACGAAAAGCUAAACCUCCAUCAGCAAAACAACCCGAUGUACAGCCAACUGUUGUUGAUGAAAAUAAAAAAAAAGAAGACGAACAAGCAGCACUGAGAGAACAAUUAAAUAAAAGUUUUGAACUUCGACAAAAUGUAGAAAAAAAAAUUAAAAAAGCUAAAGCAACAACAAUGGCGACUCCAGUAGCAAGAAAACAAUCUGAUGAAGUUUUAAAACGAUUUGGCUUGACUGAAGAUGAACGUUUACAAUAUGUACGAUUUAUGCAAGAAUUAACUGAUACCAUAAUUCAGAAAAAUUUAACUACGGAAUCUGCAAUUGAAAAACUAUUCGAAAUACAUAUCGAUCGCAACCGUGGACAGCUUAAUGAAAAACGUUUGCGUGAUCUUUUAGAAGCAUUAAAAGAUGAUCUUGGUGUUCAAACAUCUCGACAAUCCAAUACUUAUUCUACAGUUCAAAAGGCUGCUACGUAUGAUAGCGAGCCUAUCCCACCACAAACACCUGUUACAACACGAAAGGAAUCAUUAGUUUUUACACCAAAAACUCCGCAUGAUGAAAGACGACGCUCGUCUUUUGACGUCAACGAACCAUUACCUUGGGAAUCGAAUAAUGAUAUUGAUAAGCCACCCACAAUAACAAAACGUAUUACACAAGAAUCGCAUGCAAAUACUUUCAAUAAUAAUAAUAAUAAUAAACAAAAUUCAUUCAAUGAUGAUUAUCUAUUUGCUCCUUCGUCAACUCCUGUAAAACCAAAACCACGUUCAUCCCUUCUAACAAACAACGACGAUCAUCAUCAUCAUCAUCAAUUACCUGAUAUUACAAAUGCACUAGCAACUGAAUCUGAAUCUGAAUCGGCUAUUCCAGUGAAUUUAAAUGCAACUGUUCGAAAGCCUAUAACUGAUUUAAAAAAUAUUGAUUGGCUCACAGAUCCAGAGCCAACUAAAACAAUUAUACAAAAGAGUCCAUUACACGAAGUGGACCAACAUCAUUUUGAAGAGGAAGACGAUCCUGUUGAUCAUAGUCAACACGAAAGAUCAUCAGUUGAACUAAACGAUCAUCCAGAGCAUGCUACAUAUGGUAGCAAUGAUUUUGACGACGAUGAUAAUUCACAAGUAUAG